AUGGUGAUCCUUCUAGCAAAAGCUUGCACAACCCAUGUAAAAUUAUCUCCAACUACUCGCCCACCAGAUCACUCCUCUCCAAUUUCGCAAGAAAAACGAUGCUUCCUUUUAAUUGAGCAAUGUAACACAUUGACCCAACUAAGGCAAGCCCAUGCAUCGAUCAUCAAAUCUGGUUUGCAGCACAGAGGGACCCUCAUUGCAGCCAAGCUGUUAGCCGCCUGCAUCUCUUGCCAUUCCCCUGGUAACCUGGACUAUGCUCUGUGUAUCUUCAACAGCUUCGUAGACCCGAGCCCACGGUCGUGGAACACCAUAAUCAGAGGCUUUGCAGAUCAUGGGACCAACCGGAAGGAUGCUAUCUCUCUGUUUAGGCAAAUGCUUGAGCUUCGAGGGAGUAACAAUGAUGGCUAUGAACUCACUCUCCCUUCUGUUCUUAAAUCUUGCUCUAAGGCUUUUGCGCUUUUUGAAGGCGAGCAAAUUCAUGGUCAGGCAAUCAAACGCAACUUGGGUCUCAAUCUUUUUGUUCAAACCGCUAUUCUGAGUUUGUACUUAGCUCACGGUGUGCUGGCUUUGGCGAGCCAAAUGUUUGAAAGGAUGCCUGUAAGGAGCGUCGUCUCGUGGACCGCUAUGAUUGAUGGAUAUGCAAAGGCAGGAUAUGUAACCAUGGGUUUAAGGCUCUUUAGAGAGAUGCAAGGGGCUGGGGUGAAACCUGAUCAGUUCACCAUUGUGAGCCUACUCUCCAUGUGCUCCUCCCUUGGUGCUUUGGAACUCGGUCGAUGGGUCCAUUCUUAUGUGAAAAGGAAUGGUCUCGUGGCUAACGUAUACAUGGGAACUGCACUAAUAGACAUGUAUUGCAAGUGUGGGAGUGUGGAAGAGGCCCUCACAGUCUUUCAUGGCAUGCAAAAUCAGAAUGUGCAGUCAUGGAAUUCCAUGCUUCACGGCCUUGCCAUACAUGGGUUGAGUAGUGAGGCUCUCAAGCUUUUUGAGGAGAUGGGGGAGAGUGGGCAGCAACCCAAUCAGGUGACAUUUGUAGCUCUUUUGUGUGCAUGCAGCCAUGGUGGUUUGGUGAACGAAGGCUGGUUUUAUUUCAAUUCAAUGGCAAGCAAAUACAAAAUUGAGCCAAAUAUUAGGCACUAUGGGUGUGUGGUCGACACGCUUGGGCGUGCAGGGUUGUUGAAUGAUGCUCUAAAGCUUAUAAAUAAGAUGCCCUUGAGGCCUAAUGCUGUUGUUUGGGGAGCGUUACUUAGCGGGUGCCAUAUCCAUGGAAAUGUGGAGAUUGCAGAGCAUGCCAUGGAUCGAUUAAUCGAAUUAGAGCCAUCCCAUGACAGCCAUUAUGUUCUCAUGUCAAACUUAUACUCCAAGGCUGGAAGGUGGGAUGAGAUGGCGAAGGUCAGGGUCAAGGUAGGGGCUGGAGGGGCUAAAAAGCCAUCGGGUUGCAGUUGGAUUGAGAUAGGUUAUGAAGUUCAUGAGUUUGUCAUGGGAGACACAUCACAUAGCCAGUCUAAUGAAAUUCAUGAAACCCUAGGGCAAAUCAUGAAGAGGUUACAGGCUGAAAGGUAUGAAGAAGAAAUAAUUGGGAAGGGUGAGGAGAGGGAGGAGCUCACUCUCCCUCACCAUAGUGAGAGAUUGGCUCUUGCAUUUGGGCUGUUGAGUACGAGCUCCCAUGGAGUCAUUAGAAUAGCUAAGAACCUUCGCAUAUGCAGGGAUUGCCAUCACUUUAUGAAGUUGGUGUCAAAGGUUUUUGGUCGUGACAUAGUGGUUCGAGACUGCAAUCGUUUCCACCAGUUCAGAGAGGGAUUGUGCUCUUGUAAGGACUAUUGGUGA